UGUGGGGACACGUUUUGUGAAGGGAAGUGGCAAGCCUAUGAAAUUCUUAGAAAGCUUAAUGAGAUGGCUGGAUUCUCUCCAGAUGAAGAGAUUUAACUUUUUGAGGUAAUAACUUUUGAUAAUGUCACGGAAAGAGUUGCUCGGCAUCUUGGUUUGGAUGACCCAACCAAAAUCAAACUUACUCCUCACCGCUGUUGCUCGCAGCAACCCAUAGCUCCAGCCAUUAAGUACCAUGGUUUUGACCACUUGUCUGAGAUGUUGAUUCACCACAAUCAGAAAUCUGAUAUUUUGUAUUUCGAAGUCUUGGACAUCCCUCCACCACUGUUAGAAGGUUUAAAAACUCUGAAUGUUUCUUUUCAUCAUGCAAAAAAAGAUACUGUCAUUCACCGAAUUAGUCUUCCAAGCAAAAGUACAUUUUCAUUCUUACAGAUUCUAGAGGAGGAGAAGAACUUGGGUACUCGGGAUUGCUUGGUUUAUGUUUAUCACUUCAUAGAAGAUGCAUCUGAGACCCAAAAGUGUUCGGUAGUAAAGACUUUAGUCCCAAUGUCACUACCAAAACCUACCAUAUCUUGAUAUACGAAAACUUAGAUGCAAAGUCUAACCAUAUUCUAGAUCUUAACUGAGCUGCUAAUAACAGACUCAAUUUGUGACCUUUCCAAGAAAAAACCUCCUGACUGAUAGACGCAUUUAUGUGUCUAUUUUGUUCUCAA